AUGGUGACAGGUGCCUUAAGCAGAAAGUCUAAUCAUUCUAACAUCACUCUAAAUUCGGUUGGUUCUUCGCUAUUGAGAGAAUUGAAGAUGGAUGAAGCUACUGUGUCACUAGAAUAUGUAAUGCUAAGGAAGUUACCAGAAGAGGUAAGUCUGAGCCAAAGAACGAAUUAUAGCUUGAGAGGUGAUGGAGCUUUGAUGAAAUAUGAUAGGUUGUGUGUACCUAAUGGCCAAGUGAUAAAAGAUCAAAUUUUAGAGGAAGCACAUAGUUCUGCAUAUGCAAUGCAUCCUCGUAGUACGAAAAUGUAUAGAACUUUGAAGAAGCACUAUUGGUGGCCAGGUAUGAAGCGUGAAAUUUCAGAAUACGUGCCUAAGUGUUUAAUCUAUGAGUAA